AUGCCGUCAAUAGCUCAGGAAUCGCUCAAAACCGUCCCCCUCUCCUACGCUACCGUCUCAGUUGGCACGCCUACCACUCCCCUGCCCAAGAAGCUCGAUGCAAUCUCCUCUGCGGGCUUUACAGGAAUAGAAAUGGGUUUCCCAGAUCUUCUAUCCUUCGCCUCGUCAUUUCACUCGAAAUCAAUCCCGGAAGACGAUUACGAAUCUCUCUCCUCCACAGCAUCCGAAAUCCAAAAGCUAUGCAAGGAAAAGAGUUUGAAGAUAAUGAUGCUCCAGCCAUUUUCGAAUUUCGAAGGCUGGCCUGCUGGUAGCUCCGAACGAAAAGAAGCCUUUGAAAGAGCCAAGGGAUGGAUUAAGAUUAUGCACGCUUUAGGGACGGAUAUGCUCCAAGUCGGUUCCACAGACACCCCAGCAUCCAAACUCGAUUUAUCACGAGAGCGCAUCGUGAAAGAUCUUCAAGAACUCGCAGACCUUCUAGCAAAAAACAAAUUCAGAAUGGCAUACGAGAAUUGGUGUUGGUCUACCCACGCCCCAGCUUGGAAAGACGUCUGGGAAAUCGUCAAGGAGGUAGAUAGGGACAACGUAGGAUUAUGUCUCGACACGUUCCAAACCGUAGGCUCCGAAUACGCAGACCCGUCUUCCAAAUCCGGCAUUCUAGAAAUCUCAUCCCAGGACGAACUUCGCCAAAAAUACACAACCUCCCUCAAAAACCUAACCUCAGAAAUCCCACCCGAGAAAAUCUACCUCCUCCAACUCUCCGACGCUUAUAUCCCUCCUUCGCCUCUAGACCCAGAUCAACCCGACGGCUCUCCCGCCUCUGGAAAGGAGCUUAGAGCCAGAGGCCGCUGGUCCCAUGAUUAUCGUCCUUAUAUCCAUGGGAAGGGCGCGUACACGAGGGAGUGUGUGGAGAUGUGUAAAGCGGUGCUAGCGACCGGGAACAGAGCUUGGUUCUCGCUUGAGGUAUUUGAUGGCGGGAAGGAGGGGAAGGGAGGGAGUGGGACAGGGAUGAGUGAGGAUGAGGGGGAGAUGAAAGAGUUCUGUAAGGGUGCAAUGGAGGGGACGAAGUGGGUUUUGGGGGAGUGUGUUGAUAAGUAG